GAGGCCCUCCCCCGCCGGACGCCUCUCUGGCAGCGGGUUCCUCUUUACAUAACGGCGCGGGGCGGCAUGGGCUCGGGCCACUGCCUCCGCCCGGCCGCCCACCCGGACUGUCGCGGCCCGUGGUGGCUACGGCGGCGGCAGCAGGAAAGUUUCCCCGGUGGCGUCCCAGGGGCGCAUCCUCCCGCAACUGUCAAGCGCUGGCGGCGGAAAUGAUGAGGCGCUGGCCAUUUUCCGAGCCUGGGUUUCCUGCCUGAGCCCCGCUCCUCAGAGCUGCUAGUGAAGAGCCGGCGCGCGGGAGAGGACGCGCCGGGGGCGGGGGCCCGCCCGUCCCCCUCGGGACUUCGAGGGUCCGGGGUCGAGCGUCGCCAUGGGCCGGCGGGGCCCCGAGUCCCUGCCUCUCAGCCCGGCCGCCCUGCUUCGGUCUCCGCCAUGAACGGGCCCACCCUGCAGCCCCCCGCGCCGCAGCCCGCCGCCCCGCAGCCCCCCGCGCCCUCGCGCGGCUGGAGCGAGUUCUGCGAGCUGCAUGCCGCCGCCGCGGCCCGCGAGCUAGCGCGGCAGUACUGGGCCUUCGUGCGCCAGCACCCGCAGCACGCGCCGCCGCGAGCCGAGCUCGUGUCACUGCGCUUCGCCGACCUCUUCCAGCGCUACUUCUGCCGCGAGCUGCGCGACGCCCGCGCCGCCGGCCAGCCCGGCCGGGACUACCGUGAGGCGGCUCGCGGACCAGCUGCCAAAACCGAGGGCCCCGAACCGGGCCUGGUCCCCGCUGCCACCGAGCUGCCCAAGGCCCGCAGCUCCGAGGACCUGGCCCCGCCACGCGCGCCCGGUGCUUGCGCCCUCCAGCAGCUGCGCCGCGGCCUACGCCACCUCUUCCGCCGCCGCUCAGCCGGGGAGCUGCCCGCUGCUUACGGCCAGGGGGACGUGGGUGAGGCCUCCGCUCGGCCUGGACCGACCCGAAAGCUGCUGCCCUGGAGCCUGGCCCGGGAGCCGCCGCCCGCUGCCCUCAAGGAAGAGGCGCUGCGCUACAGCCUGGCCGACGAGGCGUCCAUGGAUAGCGGCGCGCGCUGGCAGCGUGGGAGGCUGGUGCUGCGUCGUGUGCCGGGCCUGGAAGGCAGCCCAGACCGUGUGCUGGAGCUCUUCGACCCGCCCAAGAGUUCAAAGCCCAAGCUGCAGGCAGCCUGCUCUAGCAUCCAGGAGGUCCGGCGGUGUACACGCCUGGAGAUGCCGGACAACCUCCAUACCUUCGUGCUCAAGGUGAAGGACAGGACAGACAUCAUCUUUGAGGUGGGAGACGAGCAGCAGCUGGAUUCUUGGAUGGCCGUGCUCUGGGAGUGCACUGGCCAAGGGCCAGAGAGUCCAGACAUGGAGGCACACUGUCCCUCCGCCCCAGAGCCCAGCACGUCCAGCUCGCCAGGGGGAAGCACAGACUCCCUGAACCAAGGUGCUUCUUCUGGAGGUUUGCUAGACCCCACCUGCCAAAAAACAGAUCACUUCCUGUCCUGCUACCCCUGGUUCCAUGGCCCCAUCUCCAGGGUGAAGGCGGCCCAGCUGGUGCAGCUGCAGGGCCCUGACGCGCACGGGGUGUUCCUGGUGCGGCAGAGCGAGUCCCGGCGCGGGGAGUACGUGCUCACCUUCAACUUCCAGGGCAGAGCCAAGCACCUGCGCCUGCUGCUGACGGAGCGGGGCCAGUGCCGAGUGCAGCACCUGCACUUCCCCUCCGUCCCCGACAUGCUGCGCCACUUCCAGCACUCGCCCAUCCCGCUCGAGUGUGGGGCUGCCUGCGACGUCCGGCUCUCCAGCUAUGUGGUUGUGGUCUCCCAGCCACCAGGUUCCUGCAGUACCGUCCUCUUCCCUUCCUCCCUCCCUCACUGGGACUCAGAGCUGAGCCUUCCCCACCUCGGCUCUUCCGGCUGUCCUCGAGGGCUUGGCCCCGAGGCUCUUCCAGGCCGUUCGUCGCCCCCCGAGCAGAUCUUCCACCUGGUGCCUUCGCCUGAGGAGCUGGCCAGCAGCCUGCGGCACCUGGAGCCUGAGCCUGGGAGUCGGGCACGAGACUCAGACUAUGACAUGGACUCGUCCUCUCGGAGUCACCUGCGGGCCAUAGACAACCAGUACACGCCUCUCUGACGGUGGCCCGGCCAGCCCCUGGGAGCACAGGCAGAGCCGUGAACUUGUGAAUGUAAUGAUCUUUCCUACCUUUCAGAGAGAGAUUCGGGGCACACUCAGCUGCUCUUUCCGGCUGGAUGUGACCCUGCUAUUAGGCCUGUUAAAGGGCCUCCUCUAAGUCCCGUCGGCUUUCUCGUUGUUUACAGAAGUGGUUUCUGUCUGCAGAUGCCGCCAGCUCACUUGCCCUGGGUCCCUAAGUCCCGGCCCCAGCCCUCUCAGAAGAGGCGGGGUGAGGGCCAGAGCUGGCAGUAGAAACUUGCGCGCUCUCUCACUGACACUGUCACCGCUGAUGACAGACUUUGUACUGGGGAAAGGGGGGUCAUCAGGAAGCCCAGAACACUAACGUGGUUACCCUGGAGCAUCAGGCCCGUGGCGGGUCCCAGCCGCAGGUGGGCACUCCUAACCCCGCUUCUCUCAGCCUUAGGGCAGAAGCUGUCACAGGGGCAGCUGAAGGUCAAAAAGGAUUUUAAACAUUUUACCUCAGAUUAAUGUUUUUAAAAGAUUCAGGUUUCAAGACUAAAUCUUUGCUUACUUCAUUGCACUGUUUCAACUCGUACCCGUCUGCAGCCAGGGAUCACUAUGCAAACCCCACCUGACUCACUGUGCCUGGCAGCCUUGUCCAUCCUUGGGACAGUCACCUGCUGCUGAGCGGCCAUUGUCUUCCCUGAAUACACAGCAGUGAAGUGUGUCACCCUUUCAGGGAAAUUUAGGCAACUACUAAAACAGGAAGGUGGCAAGGAACAGUCCUAUCCUGGUGCCUUAAGCAUAAAAAUUUGGACCCUAGUUUACAGCAACUUUACGGAGAAUACACACCGCUGGGGAGUGGGCAGGGCGGGCGGAAGGGUAGGAGGCUCCCAGGCCCUUUCCAGGCAGCCCCUCACCCCUUACUCCUUUCACAACCCAGCUCAGAGGCCCCACGUGGCUGUGGCUUAUUAAAUUACCCUGCAAGCGGGCCUCUGGCUCCUUUUUAAGUCAAAAUGGAAGCUAGGGAUCUGGUGCCAUAGCCAAGGAGAAACUAAGAACCCACAGCCUGUCUUGUCUUAGCGCACGUGUUGCCACACAGGCCCCGUCCAGCCAGGGCCUGAAGGCACGCCUCUAUCUAUGCUUGCAUUUAAAAUGACAUGACUUACAGAGGGGCCCUCCUGUGGAAGCACAAGAACAGGGCAGGCAGUGACAACAGUCAGCUGCCUUUAUGUGCCAACAAGAACCAUCUAGUUCAGCCAACCACUGUCCCUGCAGUGGCUUCUAGGAUACUGGGAGCAUAGCAGAGCUGAGCUUGCAUCGCUCAGAACUGCAUAUGAAUCCACAGCCUCUGACCAACCCAGCCUGCCUUCUCAAGGGAAGGCUUGGUCUUUCCAGAUACCCUCCGUAAGCCAACGGGUCAGGUUUCUGCUUCGACAGCUUGCUCAUCUUCAGAGGGCUCUAGGCCCAGCACAGUGGCACACCCCUGUGAUCCCAGCACGUAGGUGGGUGAAGCAGGAAGAGUGCCAAGAGUUCAAGGCCAGCCUGGGUUACAUAUUAAGUUCAAGGCCUCAACUACAUAGAGCAAGAUGCUAGCUCAAAAAACCAAGGGGGAGAAACCCAGAGGGCUCUGGAGCCACCUCUGUGCCACUCUGAAGAUACCCAGUGUUCUAUGGACCAUACACCACACCCGACACUUGUCCAUGCUUGCUGCCCAGUUCUGAGGAUACUUGUUUUUAUCCUCUAUAAAAGCACCUUUCUCUAGAAAAUAUUGUCAGUAAGUGUGGCCGGGUGUAGCUUCCCAGCACUUGGGAGGCUAAGGCAAGCGCAACAUGAGAUCAAGGCCAGCCUGGGCUGCACGGUGAGACCGUGUCUCCAAACCCCUAAAGUAGUGCAGGUUUUUUUUUUUUGGGAAAGAGAAAGGUCAUCAGAGAAGGCACUCCUGAUGUGAGUCGUCUCGGUUUUCUCCUGUCUGCACAGGAGACAGUGAAGGAAGGACGGCCCCUUGUGCCAGCCAGUUUAUUCCUCUUCCAGCUUAGGCUCCAGACCCUCACACAGAGCAGCUCCAGCUCAGUUCAUGGUGACGGUGAACUACACCCCAUACCACGCCACGCCACGCUGUGCCCCCUCUAAAUGUAUCCAAUUUACCAGAACAGCUCAAGUACAUUCUGACAAAAAGACCCCUUAUGGCCCUGGGACCAAGUGACACUAUGCCAAUGCCUUCUCUUUCUGCUGGAGCAGGUCCAGCUGCCUGACGGCCUGGAUGCUCUCCAGACAGCCUGUGCCUGGCCCCGCUCAGGGCAGCACAUCCCAUGCCCCUCCCACCAGGCCCGAUGGGACCACUACUGGCAGCUGAGGCCAAGCCAGCAAGCUGCACUCAGAGCAAGGGACAGUGAAGGAGCGGCAGGGUCCUGCCUACUGACAGAUCCCAGCUCCCAGCACCCAUCCUUUCCUUCUCAUCUAACUACUGAACUUUACAAACUAAGUCACCAGCACCAAAGAAGUCAACUAACUUGCCUUGAAUUUUAGACCAGCAAUCCAUGUGGCUUUAUCUGGUAUAAAUCAUCUGCCUUUGACACUUCGGGGCCGUGUAGGAAAAAGGAAUCCUUUAAGUCCUGGGCCAGAGAACACUAUUUUUACAUAAGUUUUUUAAUCUAUUAAGGAAGGCCUUCAACUUUUCCCCAAGGGUUGCCUGAAGUUCCUUCCUGCUUUUUAUUCAGGGCUGUCUCUUACCGCAGAUGGCACGUCUGAGCUAACAUCUUGACAGUAGAUCACCCAUUGCCUCUCACCAAGGACACCCCUGAGGGCCAGUGGCUGAAGCAGCAGCACGAUGUGGUAACACGAACAGCAGAUUCAGCUAGUAUGACUUGAGGCAGAAGGUAUUUGGCAAACUUUUAUGUAUUGUUUAUGUACUGUAUUAGUAACUUAUUGAAUAAUGCAAAUUUUGCUAUAAUGUACAAAUUGCUAUACGUGAAUUAAAGUAAGUUUAAAGAACCUUAA